AUGAAACCUGCUUCUAAACUCCCAUGCCAGGUUAUUAUUGUGGGGGGUGGUGUAUCCGGCAUAGCAAUGGCUUGCCAGCUCAAGAACAUGCUCAAUUUGAACGAUUUCUGCAUCUACGAUCGUCAGAAGGGACUAGGAGGAACCUGGUUGGCGAAUACAUAUCCAGGAUGUGCUGUGGAUAUUCCAGGGCUUUGUUACAGCUUCUCCUUCGCCCCAAAUCCUGAUUUUACCCAAGUUUUCCCACCCCAAGCAGAAAUUCUUGAGUACUUAACUUCUGUGAUCGAGCGGUAUAGUGUGAACAAUCAUUUCACAGGAGGACAGGAAUGGGUUAGGGCCAUUUGGCGAGAAAAGACAAAGACAUGGCUUGCCGCUUUCCAAGACAUCACGACCGGAGAAUUUUUCACCCAAGAAUGCCAGAUUUUGAUUUCUGCAGUUGGCGGCCUUGUUAAUCCACAAGAAUUUAAAAUGCCCGGUGUUGAGCGUUUCCAAGGAGAAAUCAUACACACGGCCAGAUGGAAUCACGAUGUCGAUCUUACAAAUAAGAAAGUGGCAGUCAUCGGUAAUGGAGCAUCCGCUAUUCAGUUGGUUCCGGCUAUUUUCGAACAGGUAAAAUCUGUCACACAGUUUAUGAAGACUCCCCAUCAUAUUGUCCACGGAUCCAAUUAUAGCAUUUCUCCUGAGUGGAGAGAUAUAUUCCGACAAAUUCCCAUACUGCUCUAUCUAAUUCGCCUCAGUCUUUUCCUUUACAUGGAACUGACGUGGUUGGUAUUCCAAAACAAUCAGCUUGGGAGGGUGACGCGUGCUUCUAUCGAGAAACAGAGCCGGCAAUAUGUUCAAGAAACAGCACCAGAACAUUAUUGGAACUUGUUGAUUCCAACUUAUAAAUUUGGUUGCAAAAGAAGAGUCUUCGAUCGUGGAUACCUUAACAUCCUCAAGUCGAAUAAGAUUCGGCUAACCAACAAUUCAAUUGCGGAAAUUACUACGGAUGCCAUAUUAACAAAUUGUGGAGAGAAAAUAUAUGUUGACGCAAUUCUUUUAGCCAAUGGCUUUUCCCUCACGCAUUACAAUGUCGAGCUGAGAGGUCGAAAUGGCAAAGCACGGGAGCAGCAUUGGAAAGAGCAUGGUCACAAGGUCACUUUCAAAUCGAUUGCGAUGCACGAGUUUCCAAAUUUCUUUUAUAUUCUCGGGCCUAAUUCUGGUCGGCUGUAUACGUCAGCUGUUGAUAUCAUCGAAAGGUAUGUUUUUCUAUCAAAGCUAUAUAUAGCUUUCAGCUCCAGGAUACUGAUUACGAGGGAAUAG